GCUAUUGAAGGGGCAUGACUGGAGGCAGAGGCCACAGAGGUGACCACACCAGGGCAACCUGUAGUACCAGCGCCUGGUUCCAGCCAGGGAGCAUCUGAGAACUGUGUCCUUCCACUCCUGAGUCCAGCACUUCCCAGGUCAGCCAGGGUGGUGCUUGUGUGGGAAGGACUUUAAAUCCAGCUGCCAGACCCCUGCACGGGAGAAGGAGAGACGGCUGGCCACCAUGCACGGCUCCUGCAGUUUCCUGAUGCUUCUGCUGCCGCUGCUGCUACUGCUGGUGGCCACCACAGGCCCCGCUGGAGCCCUCACAGAUGAGGAGAAACGUCUGAUGCUGGAGCUGCACAACCUUUACCGGGCCCAGGUAUCCCCACCGGCCUCAGACAUGCUGCACAUGAGAUGGGACGAGGAGCUGGCCGCCUUCGCCAAGGCCUACGCACGGCAGUGCGUGUGGGGCCACAACAAGGACCGCGGGCGGCGCGGAGAGAAUCUGUUCGCCAUCACCGACGAGGGCCUGGACGUGCCGCUGGCCAUGGAGGAGUGGCACCACGAGCGCGAGCACUACAACCUCAGCGCCGCUACCUGCAGCCCGGGCCAGAUGUGCGGCCACUACACGCAGGUGGUUUGGGCCAAGACAGAGAGGAUCGGCUGCGGUUCCCACUUCUGUGAGAAGCUCCAGGGUGUUGAGGAAACCAACAUCGAAUUACUGGUGUGCAACUAUGAGCCCCCGGGGAACGUGAAGGGGAAACGGCCCUACCAGGAGGGGACUCCGUGCUCCCAAUGUCCCUCUGGCUAUCGCUGCAAGAACUCCCUCUGUGAACCCAUCGGAAGCCCGGAAGACGCCCAGGAUUUGCCUUACCUGGUAACUGAGGCCCCAUCCUUCCUGGCAACUGAAGCCUCAGACUCUAGGAAAAUGGGUACUCCUUCCCUAGCAACGGGGAUUCCGGCUUUCUUGGUAACAGAGGUCUCAGGUUCCCUGGCAACCAAGGCUCUGCCUGCUGUGGAAACCCAGGCCCCAACUUCCUUAGCAACAAAAGACCCGCCCUCCAUGGCAACAGAGGCUCCACCUUCUGUAACAACUGAGGUGCCUUCCAUUUUGGCAGCCCACAGCCUGCCCUCCUUGGAUGAGAAGCCAGUUACCUUCCCGGAAUUGACCCAUGUUCCUAUCCCAAAAUCAGCAGACAAAGUGACAGACAAAACAAAAGUGCCCUUCAGGAGCCCAGAGAACUCUCUGGACCCCAAGAUGUCCCUGACAGGGGCAAGGGAGCUCCUACCCCAUGCCCAGGAGGAGGCUGAGGCUGAGGCUGAGUUGCCUCCUUCCAGUGAGGUCUUGGCCUCAGUUUUUCCAGCCCAGGACAAGCCAGGUGAGCUGCAGGCCACACUGGACCACACGGGGCACACCUCCUCCAAGUCCCUGCCCAAUUUCCCCAAUACCUCUGCCACCGCUAAUGCCACGGGUGGGCGUGCCCUGGCUCUGCAGUCGUCCUUGCCAGGUGCAGAGGGCCCUGACAAGCCUAGCGUCGUGUCAGGGCUGAACCCAGGCCCUGGUCAUGUGUGGGGCCCUCUCCUGGGACUACUGCUCCUGCUUCCCCUGAUGUUGGCUGGAAUCUUCUGAAGGGGAUACCACUCAAAGGGUGAAGAGGUCAGCUGUCCUCCUGUCAUCUUCCCCACCCUGUCCCCAGCCCCUAAACAAGAUGCUUCUUGGUUAAGGCCCUCUGGAAGGGAAAGGCUACGGGGCAUGUGCCUCAUCACACCAUCCAGGAGGCACAAGGCCUGGCUGACUGCGAGCGCACGGGGCCGCCUGAGGACUGCACACCGGGCCCACACCUCUCCUGCCCCUCCCUCCUGAGUCCUGGGGGUGGGAGGAUUUGAGGGAGCUCACUGCCUACCUGGCCUGGGGCUGUCUUGCCCACACGGUAUGAGUGCUCUCCCUGAGUGCCUGUGUAGCUGGGGACGGGGAUUGAAAGGGGCAGAUGAAGGACAAGCCCCACUGGAGUGGGGUUCUGUGGGUGGGGAGGCAGGGACAAGGGAAGGAAAGCAACUCCUGACUCUCCAAUAAAAACCAGUCCAACCUGUGGCAA